GUACAGUCUGUAUAGGCCCGAGGCCAGUUCAGGAGCUAAGAUUCUGUUAAAGUGAAUGAUAUGGGAGGGCUGCCAGAGCGCAAAAAUAUCCCCCCGUGGGUGACGGUUCCGGAUGACUUGAAGGAGCCCGAGGUGUUCCAGGUCCAGACGAGGCUGGUGGAGCCCAUAUUUGGCCGGCAUGGAUCUCGAAUCUCGUACUUUGAGCAAGUGAGCAGAGUCAUGCUGGAGCUGAGGGUUCUGGAAUCCUCGAACCUCACCGAGGUGCUCGUGUACGGCUCUUACUUGUUCAAAAUGCGGUGCAAGUGGAUACUUCAGUCCAUGAUAGAGCGGUACCGCUUGCGCCAGGAGCGAGGGAUGCUCAGACUUGAGGAAGCCAUGAAUUCCUUGGAACUGGAUCCUGAGAUGGAGUCGGAUUAGUCUGUGGAUCUGGGACCAGAAUGUAUCUAGCAGGCUGCGGACAAAGCUGGAGUGGCUCAGGGCUGGUUGAAAUUCUUUCCUAGCCUGAUAAAGAGAAACCAACCGACUUUCUGGACUCAGACCUUUGCUUCUGAAUCUUAAUGUAAUACUCCCCCCACCUUCACCCUACAUCACCCUGGAUUCUUAAUUAGAAAUAAAAUUUAAAUGAUUACUUGUAA